ACUGGGUGUCCCGGGAGCUGUUGUUGAGAGGGGUUAAGUGCCUUGGUCAAGAGCACAACGGCAGGUAAUGCCUCUAGGACUUGACACCAGCAACCUUCCAGGUUGCCAGCUCACUUCCAGAAAGAUUUGUCCUAUCAGACCCGGGAUUCAAACCAGCAACCUUGCGGCCACUGGCCCGCCUCUAACCACUCUAGGCUACCUGCCGCACCAGGCUGUAUUGGAUCUUGACAGGCUGGCACAUUGACAGAGGGCAGAGCUGGUCUCAUAUCACUGUGGGUUGUUUGAUACCCUAGAAGUUCUCAUCCAUUGGUGAUGCUUCCAGCUCAUGCAGAGCUGUAAUUCCAGAGCUUCAUCAUGACCAUGUUGGUGAGGCUAGCAUGCCUGCGCAGUCUCCCUGUGUCCGGGCUGCGUCCUGUGUUGACCCAGGGCUCUCCAGCCCUGAGGAGCUCCACCCUGAAGAGCUGCCCGCCCCUCAAGGUCCACCAGGGCUAUUCCACCAAAUCCAGAUUUGGUUUCCGUCGUGGUAAAACGGCCAAGGACCAGCUCCAACAGGCAGCUUUCCAACCAGCAACUGAUACGGCCAUCAGAAUGGAUAACAUGGGCAGGAUGUUCCUGGCUGGAGGGGCUGCUGUAGGCCUGGGAGCUCUGUGCUACUACGGACUAGGCCUGUCCAAUGAGAUCGGAGCCAUCGAGAGGGCUGUUAUCUGGCCCCAGUACGUGAAGGACAGGAUCCACUCGACCUACAUGUACUUCGCAGGCAGUGUGGGGAUGACAGCUCUGUCGGCUGUAGCCGUCAGCAGGACCCCAGCCCUCAUGGGAGUCAUGAUGAGAGGAUCCUGGCUGGCUAUUGGAGCUACCUUUGCAGCCAUGAUUGGAGCAGGCAUGCUGGUCAGAUCUAUCUCUUAUGACCAGAGCCCAGGAGCCAAACAUCUAGCCUGGAUGCUACAUGCAGGUGUGAUGGGAGCGGUCAUAGCCCCCAUGACUCUGCUAGGUGGGCCCCUGAUGAUGAGGGCAGCCUGGUACACAGCGGGCAUAGUGGGGGGUCUGUCCACCGUGGCCAUGUGUGCCCCCAGUGAGAAGUUCCUCAACAUGGGAGGACCCCUUGCGGUGGGCUUCGGAGUCGUCUUCGCCUCCUCUAUCGGCUCAAUGUUUCUGCCGCCUACCUCAGCGAUGGGAGCAGGCCUCUACUCCAUCGCUAUCUACGGAGGUCUGGUCCUCUUCAGCAUGUUCCUGCUCUACGACACCCAGAAGGUCAUCAAGAGGGCGGAGACGUACCCCAUGUACGGGAUGCAGAAAUACGACCCCAUCAACUCGUGCAUGGGGAUCUACAUGGACACUCUGAACAUCUUCAUGAGGAUGGUGAUGAUUCUGUCCGGAGGAAACAGAAAGAAAUGAAGACGUUCCAGUCUGACUUUACAUCUUCGUUAAACCUUCAACCUUCCACACAGUUGAACAACAACGAUAUGUUCUACAAUUAGCACCAUACACCAGCUGUUACCUACUUUUUAGUUUGAAAACAUAUUUUCAACUGACACAAUAAAAAAUGUGUUGCUUUUGUGUGAAGAAGAGGAUUGUAAUUUCCUAGAGCAUAUUGACACUCAUCCAAGUAAGGAAGACAUCUUGCUCUGUUCCAUAUUCAGAAUGUUAAAUAUGCUUUUGUCUUGAUUCUGAGGAGGCCUAUUUUUAUUUCAAGUCAGGAUUGUUCAUGGGGAUAUCUGUCAACAUCACAGAUCGCCCCUCAGUCUCCUCCUCUUAAUUGUUCCUUUAUAUUUUAUAUAUAUUUAUUUUCACUUGAGGUGGGUGUUCCCAUUCCUGACAAGCAAGACAAAGCUGGGCAAACAUCAUAUUUAUAUCAUCCCUCAACCUUGUACUUCUAGCCUCCACACAUACAAUACGUGUGACUAUGUGCUUAACUCCUUGACAGAGACUGAACUUGGAUGUGUUGUAUCGGGCCGAGCCUUGGAUGGGUGGUGCUUUGACAUGUUGUUUCUGUUAGAAUGAAAGUGAUUGAAUGUGAUCAACGCUGUUCUGGUAUCAUUCAAUAAAAGUGAAAGAGAAUGCA